GUGAGCGUUUAAUAUUGGUUUUUGACCGUGAUGGCGUACGCAGAGACAAGUUUUCCACGAAGCCUGCUGAUCCGGCAGCUGGAAAAAAGUCUUACGUUAUCACUGGUAUAUCGUUCAGCGAAAAUUCCGAACUGUUAGGAGUUGCACAGAGCGAUAACAUGGUGUUUGUUUAUCGAGUGGGAGCCGACUGGAGUGGAAAGAAAGUGAUUUGUAACAAGUUUCCACUUACCGGAGUCCCUAUGCAGCUACUGCGCGCUGAGAACGGAUUUAUCACUGGUACAAGCGAUGGGAAAAUUAGAUCACUUGAUUGUAAAAGUAACAAGAGUUCUGGUUUGUGGAAUGUCGGUGCUUGCUGCGUGUCGUUAGCUCGUAGUGCGGAAAGCAUGGUGGCUUCUGGACAUGCUGAUGGCACACUUUAUGUCAAUGGCCGAUUGCUGCUGCGUUACGCACUACCGCCCACUGCUCUUGUACUACUACAACACAACCUAAUCGUGGGGUCGUGUGACGGUCGUUUGUCUGUGUAUGAGGCGCAGCGCGGUGCUUUGUUGCGUAGUGUCGAGCCAGAUUUGCCUCCGGACGUGAAAGAUAUCAUAGCUGCGGCACCGAGUCCAUCAGGACAGACUAUUGCGUUUGGUGUCUUUAAUGGAUGUCUAGUGGGAGAGUUGAAGGAAUCCGGAUCAGUCGAUUUAUCAAUGCUUCAAAUACCGAACCUGUACGCCACUAGAGCGCUCGCUUGGAGUAGUGACGGCACUAAAUUGGCGAUAGCUUCACAAACUGGAGCUCUUAUAGUGCUCGAGGCUGUUUUAAGACGUUGGGUGUGGCGUGACACAGUGGAGGUGCAGCACGUGAGCUCGAGACAGUUGUUAUUAACAAGACUAGCUAACGAUGCUCUUCCGCUCACAGUUCUCACAAACCACGCUUCGGAUAUAUUCGGCGUCCGUUUCAUUGGGAAUGACUGGUAUGCGGUGUGCAGGACUAGCAACACGUUGAUCUUAUGCGAUAUAGCUCGUGGACUCACCAGUGAGAUACUAUGGACGGGUAGCGGAGAACGUAUUUAUGCAGCUGUCGGUGGAGCAUGUCUGAUAUAUCGCGCCGGUGAACUGAGUGUUGUCGAAUACGGACUUGAUAAAGUUCUACAUACGGUUCGUACAGAACGUGUGAACCCUCACGUGAUCAGCGUGCGGAUCAAUGAAGCUAGUUUGACGAAAGGGGACUGCAAAUACUUGGCAUAUUUGCUAGAUAGACAAACUAUUGCUGUUGUAGAUUUGAGCACAGGUGCUCAGUUGGGUCAGUGGUGGCACGAGGCUCGCGUGGAUUGGCUCGAGCUAAACGAGACCGCGCAGCUGUUGCUGCUCCGUGACACGAGGAGAAGACUUGCGCUACUGCGGUUACCGUCUGGUGAUAAGGAAAUUAUUGCGAGUGGCGUAAGUUUCGUCCAGUGGAUUGAAAAUAGCGAUGCAGUCGUGGCUCAAACGCCUACUCAUCUUCUUGUGUGGUAUAGCGUGUCGGAGUCGGCCAGCGUGGAGAUGAUUGAAUGCGGGGGCGGGCGCGCGGUGCGUGCGACCGGGCGCCGCGUGCUGCUCGACGGAGCACACGUGCCUUGCGUAUACCUAGACGAACACAGACUUACUUUUAAUAACGCUUUGCGAAGUGGAGAUUUAAUGGGUUGUGCCAAGUAUCUAGACGGCGUAACGAACAGUGCAGACGUCGCACCGCUCUGGAGGCAGCUGGCCGAACGAGCUCUGCAAAAUGAUGAUAUACAGUUAGCUGCAAAGUGUUAUCGAGAAAUAGGCGAUGAAUCCAGAACAUUUUAUUUGGAGAAGAUUAUAGAAGCUGCUGCGGCUGAAGGCGAUGGAGACGUCACUGCAGGUCUGAGCAGCGCAGAAGUUAGGGCACGAUUAGCAAUAUUCAAUGGGGACCUAGCGACGGCCGAAGCCUGGUAUGCGAGACGAUCCGGUCACCCUGAACGCGCCAUCGCUAUGUAUAAGCAGUUCAACAGGUGGACUGACGCUAUUGCUCUCGCCGAGAAGGCCGAUCGCGCUUCAGUUGUUAAUUUGAAGCAACAGUACAUGGAUUAUUUAACCUCAACUGGUCGUUUGGGAGAGGCCGGGGCUACCCUGGCAGCUGCAGGAGAUGUACAGGGCGCAGUGAGACUGUGGUCGCGGGGAGGAAGGGCUCGGAGAGCUGCCUCGCUCCUGUUACAGCAUCCACAGCUACUGAGAGAUAAUGAGUUACUAGACUCUGUGCACACACAACUCAUACAGGAGGAAUGGUGGGAAAUGGCCGGUGAAUUAUCUGAGAGACGAGGCGAUGUCCGUUUGGCUGUAGAUUAUUACGCUAAAGGAAAUAAUUUUGCCAGAGCCGUUCAACUUGCCAGAGAGUCUUGUCCGGGUGAAGUGACGCAUUUGGAAGGGCAGUGGGGCGCGUGGCUAGUGUCGUCCCGCCAGGCCGGCGCCGCCGUGCCGCACCUCAUCGAGGCGGGGGACACUCGCGCUGCGCUCGCGGCGGCUAUCAAGGCGCACCAUUACAGAAAAGCUCUUCAGAUUGUGCAGGCCAUAGAUGAUAAGGAAUCUAUAAAAGAACAAUGCGAGCAGCUCGGUGAUCAUUUAAUAUCUACACAGGAAUGGGAGGCAGCAGAGAAGUUUCUCACUUCGUGCGGUAUGGCGGAGCGUUGCGUUCGAGCAUACAACGGGGUCGGUCGCUUCGCGGACGGCCUGAGGCUUGCGGCUUCACAACUGACGGAGGAACAAACGCGAGACAUUUAUAUACCGCUGGCCGAGGAGCUGAGAAAAGACGGACAACUUAGAAAAGCCGAGCAAAUUUAUAUAGGUCUAGGAGAGGCUGAUGAAGCUAUUUCAAUGUACAAGGAGGCGUCUCAAUACGAGUCAAUGUUGCGUCUGGUCGCGAUACACCGAUCCACUUUGUUAGAGGCGACGCGUCGACACGUUGCCCAAGCGUUACACGCCUCGGGAGAUUUACGUGCGGCUGAAAACUAUUAUAUACAAGCCGGUGACUGGAAAAGUGCCAUACAGAUGUAUCGUUCGGCCGCACAGUGGGAGGGUGCUGAGCGUGUUGCUAGAGCACACGCUCCUGUUAAUGUACAACAGCAGGUGGCGCUACAAUGGGCCGCUGUUUUGGGUGGAUUGGCUGGUGCACGACUUCUGGCUGCAAGAGGAUUGGCUGCUUUAGGAGCACGAUGGGCCCUACAGGCACAAAGAUGGGAUAUAGCAAUAGAAUUGAGCGAACUCGGAGGUGGUAUCACUCGGCGUGAAGUGGCUCGACACGAAGCGGCCGCGCUGGCGGAGGAGCAUCCUGAGGAGGCUGAAGCAGCCUUCCUUCGCGCGUCGGCUCCCGACCACGCCGUGCGCAUGUGGCUGUCGAAGGAACAACACCAGAGGGCGCUGAUCUUAGCCGAGCAGCAUGCGCCGCAUAUGGUCGAAGAAGUACUAGUUGAAGGCGCUAGAGCAGCCGCAGAGAGAGGCGAUUUACAGCAGUUCGAAGUACUCAUGAUCCGAGCUAAUAGGCCGAGAGAGGUCGUCCAGCACUACAAGGAUCUAGAGUUAUGGGAAGAGGCUGCCCGUGUGUCUCGUGAGUAUUUGCCGUCUAGCGGCGACGAGGAAGACGUGCCACCGGCCGUCCCAGCUCUGCUGACGCAAGCCGCGGCUCACGCCGACGCCGGCGAGUGGUGGGAAGCCGUGCAGACGUUGUGUGCGGCGAGUAGUGCCGCGGGCCAGCGGGCGCCGCGGCUCGCCGAGCGGGCCGUGCUGCGUGCGGCUCGCCUCGCGCGCGACCGCCUGCAGCACCCCGCACGCGCGCACGCCGCUAACUUGCUCGCUCAACGAUUUGCCUCCAUCGGUCAAACUGAUAUCGGAGAACAACUCCGAGCAGCUCUACUCGAAGGAUAUGCGGACGACGACGUCGCCGAUGAUGGGCGGAUGGAGGAGAGCGAGUCGGUGGAGCAGGAGCAACAGGAGGUGUCGGAACGUCUGGCCCGCGCAGGUCAGUGGCCGCGGUGCCUAGCGCACGCCGCCACCGCCGGCCGUGCCCCGCACUACGCGCUCAGAUAUGCCGCGCAUCUCUUCAAGGCCCACCCUCGAAUGGAAGGAAUCGAUAUUGAAAGUGAAGACGUCCCAGAAGCUUUAUCUCAAGUGUUGGAGACUUUGCGUCACUAUCUGAGCCGCGAGGACUCUGAAGGCGGAGCGGUCGUGUCCGGUAGCGACGCGGGCCUAGCUCGAGCGGUCUGCAGCGAGGUCCUAGUGCGGGCUUCUACUGCACCUAAGGCCUUCGCCGCGCUUACUGACGCAGCUGACGUUAUGCUGACGGCCGGCGCUGACGAUAGAGCUUUGCAGGCAGUCACGUUACUCAUGGCGCUUCAUUUGCCGCAAAUAGCUGGUAAAGCUGCGCGGGCUUUGCCACGGUACACGGAAAUAAUUGUGGCUGAUGUCGCGUUCUACGCUUGUGGGACGGCGGUACGUACUGAAGGCAGUGCGGGGGCUCGAGAAGCCUUCGUGCUGUUGAAUCGCUGUCUGGAUCUCGCUGAGGCUGCUGACGAGGAUUCUGCUCAUUUACUUGAUUAUACGGAUUUUGAAUGUACAGACUGGUCACGGCAGCCGCUUCUGUUGGAACGCGGUUGUGUGAGCGGCGGAGCGCUGGAAGAUGUGAGAGAAUGGGUCCUCGCAGUUUCUAUGGACCAAUCCGUUGAACAGACGUUGCCGGUGGACAGUAGAGGAUUGUAUGCGUCGAGCGUGGCGGAGACGGAGCAGUGCUGCGUCGUCACCGGGUACCCGCUCGGCACUAGACUCGUCACAUUUACCAACGGUAGGUGCGCGAACCGCGAGUCGUGGUCGCGUGUGUCGAGCGCGGCGCGUGGAGGCGGCCCGGCCUCCGUGCUGCUGCGGCACGUGACGCGCUGGUGCGGUCCCGCCGACUACACGCAGCUAUGAACUGGUUGUCCAACACAAAGGUUUUUUUUAAAGGGAUUUUAUGACCUGGUAACUGAGUCCUUUAAGUCAUGUCUUAUUUUAAUUUAUAUUCUUAUUUUUAUGAAAAAUGAUA